UAGAACCUCCGCGCUGCUUCUUCUUCGUCUCCGCCGCGCUCGCUCCACGAUAAACCCUAGAAACCUCUCUCUCACGCGCUCUCUCUCCUCUCCCUCUCCUCGUCUCCACCGAGUCUCCGAAGCUCGGCCAUGUCGUCGACGCUCCUCGAGGUGACGCGCGCGGCGCACGAGGACGUGGAGCGCCUGGAGCGGCUCAUCGUACGGGAGCUCCAGGGGGAGCCCGCCAACAACCGCGAGCGCCUCUUCCAGAACCAGCGCGUCCGCCACAUGAUCGAUCUCAUCAUCUCCACCACCGAUAAGCUCGUGGAGAUAUACGAGGACAAGGAUAACGCGAGGAGGGACGAGAUCGCGGCGUUGGGAGGGCAAGGGCCGAGUGGCCCCUCCAAUUUGUUCGGCGCUUUCUAUGAUCGCUUAAAGGAGAUUCGCGACUACCACAGGAGACAUCCUGCUGCUCGUGUUGUUGAUGCAACUGAAGACUAUGAGGAGUUGCUGAAGGAGGAGCCGCACAUUGAAUUCAGUGGCGAGGAAGCUUUUGGUCGGUUCCUUGACAUGCACGAAUUGUACAAUGAGUUUAUCAAUUCAAAAUUUGGAGCGCCGAUGGAAUACUCUGCUUAUGUGGGUACAUUUUCUCAGACCGACAAGAUUCCUCUGAAUCUGAAGUUGACCAGGCAAUACCGAGAAUACUUGGAGCAUCUCUUGGAGUAUCUUAUAUCAUUUUUAGAGCGUACACAGCCAUUGCAAGACCUUGGUAGAAUAUUUUCAAAGUUGGAAACUGAGUUUGAGGAACUCUGGGCUGAAGGCAAGGUUCCUGGGUGGGAGAACGGAGGCACUGAUAAGGGGAACACAUCACUGGAGUCAAUAGUAGAUCUUGAUUACUACAGUACUGUUGAAGAACUCACGGAACUGGGCCCUGAAAAAUUGAAAGAGGCCCUGGCUGCUUAUGGAUUGAAAUCUGGUGGUACAGUUCGGCAGCGUGCAGAGAGGCUGUUUUUACUGAAGCACACUCCCUUGAAGCAACUGGACAGAAAACAUUUCGCCAAAGGUUCAUGGAGUUCUGUGCAAAAUGGGGCAGCGGAGCAGCUCAGUUUGAAGAAGGAAAUUGCAUUGAUGGAAGUUAAGAUGCAACGGCUCUGUGAAUUACUAAAAGAGACUAUUACUCAGACAAUGGAAAAUGCUGAGAAAAAGCCAACCUUGACGUACGAAGAAAUGGAAGCAGAGCGUGAAGAGGAGGAUGUACAAGCCGAUACUGAAAGUGAUGACGAAGAACAGCAGAUUUAUAACCCUCUGAAGCUACCUAUGGGUUGGGAUGGCAAGCCUAUCCCCUAUUGGCUUUACAAGCUUCAUGGUCUUGGUCAGGAAUUUAAGUGUGAAAUAUGCGGAAAUCAUAGUUAUUGGGGAAGAAGGGCGUAUGAACGUCAUUUCAAGGAGUGGCGGCACCAACAUGGUAUGCGUUGUCUUGGUAUACCCAAUACUAAGAACUUCAAUGAAGUCACAUCUAUUCAGGAGGCAAAAGAUCUAUGGGAGAAAAUACAGGAACGGCAAGGAUUUAAUAAAUGGCGGCCUGAUCUUGAAGAAGAGUAUGAAGACAAGGAAGGGAAUAUUUACAAUAAGAAAACAUAUACUGAUUUGCAGCGACAAGGCCUGAUCUAAAAGUGCAGAAGUUGUGUUGGAAAAGGGAGAGGAUAUUCUCCUCCGGCAGCAGCGCAUGUUUCCCAAAUUAUUUCUUCAUGUAGACUUGAUCGCUCUAUCACUUUUUCAGUUUCCGCGUGCAGCGUAACUGGUACAAAUCAGGAACUUGUUGUACUCUUUAGCCCAGAGAACCCAAAAACUUGUUUUAUCAUUUUGAGUGUUGAUGUUCACCAUCUACUUCUGUUUUUGUUCGUAUAUACUGUGGUGAGUAACUAUUGAUGAGAUCGACGGCAAUGUGCUUCAGCUUGUCUUGGUUUCGCUCGUAAGUAACUAGGUUGUAUUUUCUAGUUUCGGUUUAAGCCGAAUAUAUCAGAGAGGCCUUUGUAGUGUACAAUGUAUGGUUGGUA